CUGAGAGCGGCUGCAGAUCCCAGCCUGGACCACAGAGAGCUGCCAGCCUCUGUGUGUGUAUCUCUGCAGGCAGCAAACAGCUCUUCUGCUCAUGGACUGGAGCUUUUAUAUGGACAGGUUGGAGGAGGCUUCACCAUGGAGUGCAGCUUCUCCACAUCUGGAUGGGGGGAGGUGAAGUCCCUCUGCAGAGAAAAGUGUGAUGGAGGAAACAAGCUCAUCCAGACAAAGUCCAACGCGGCUGAAAAGGGAAGAUACCGUAUCCAGUACAGUGAGAAAGUUCUGUCGGUGAGCAUCUCAGGUCUGACCCGGUACGACUCAGGACGCUACCGCUGUGCUGUGGGCAGAUCUUCACACAUAGAUGUGGAGCUGGUUGUAGCUGAGGGAUCUGGAAGCAAGAAGUUGUUCUGCAGAGGAGACUGUUGGCACGGAGGAGAGAUUCUUGCCCAGACAGAUGGUGUCAGAGCUGAAAAGGGCAGAUACAGGAUUGGAUUUGUGGAUAAAAGGUUUGCAGGAGGAGUUCUGUAUGUGAGCAUCACACAGCUGAACCAGUCUGACUCAGGACGGUACAGAUGUUAUCUGGACAGGAUUGGACCUGAUGGAUCCACAGAUUUUAGCAUCCAGGUCUCAGCU